AUGGCACCCGUCCGUCCUAGCGGAGGAGCCCGCCACAAUUCUGACUUCAUCAAACGCUUCACCGAGCAAGAGGCCCAGCGGCGAGAAGCCCAGCGGCGGAAGGUCCCGCUCACGGCCGAGCAGCGUGCAGCGCAGCGCGAAAGGUUGCGACAGAAACGCUUUCUUAUGCCCGCGGACGUCGUUUGCACUCAAGUCAACAUUGCUGGCGAACUUCGAAAGUGGAAAGGGGCCGUGGGCCGAGGCGAUCCGAAAAGCAGACCGUUCGACUGCGAUGGACUUCCUCGACCACCUGUGCGAGAAAUACAAGAUCACUUCGAUACUCAUCCUCGACCCGCCCACCCGACGCGGCCCACAAGCAAGCGACGGAAUUGCCAGACCUGUGGGCAGCCCUCUCCCGGCCGCACCUACUGCUGGUCCUGCUACGUCAAGAAGAGCAAGCUCCAGAAUUGCCAGACCUGUGGCCGGCCCUCUUUCGGCAGCACCCUCUGCCGGUCCUGCCAGGCCAAGAAGAGCAAGCUCCAGAAUUGCCAGACCUGUGGGCAGCCCUCUCACGGCCACACCUACUGCCGAUCCUGCCGGGCCAAGAAGAGCAAGCUCCAGAAUUGCCAGACCUGUGGGCAGCCCUCUCACGGCCACACCUACUGCCGAUCCUGCCGGGCCAAGAAGAGCAAGCUCCAGAAUUGCCAGACCUGUGGGCGGCCCUCUCCCGGCCGCACCUACUGCCGGUCCUGCCGGGCCAAGAAGAGGGAAGCGGAAGCCUGCCAGACUUAG